AAAGUGCUGAUUACCGCGGACGCAGCAUUUACGCGCAGCUGACGCUAAAGUGGAUUUACUGAACACCUGCAUGGGGAAACCGUGAGGGUUUAUUCCGUUUUUCUGUCUUCUGCUGGGAACCAACUGGCAAUUGGAAUGGAACUGAAUCUGUCGAAGAAUGUGAUUUCUUGUGGGGAAUCUGGUGGGAUGAAUUUGGACAGAAUUGCAGAGGCAGUGAGAGCACCGCCGCCCCGCGACGUGGCCCCCGCGUUUCAUUUACAGAGAACUUCAAACAGCAGUCGAGAAACUGUAGAGAACUCAAGCAGCGAGUCUUCAGACACAGAGUUGGCAGAAAAGGAAAGAAACGCUGAACACAGGAGCGAUGACGGAAACGCGGACGACCCCAAGAAGAAAAAACAGCGGCGGCAGCGGACUCACUUCACCAGCCAGCAGCUGCAGGAGCUGGAAGCCACGUUCCAGAGGAAUCGCUACCCUGACAUGAGCACCAGGGAGGAGAUCGCCGUAUGGACCAACCUGACCGAGGCGAGAGUCCGGGUGUGGUUCAAAAACCGCCGGGCUAAGUGGAGGAAGCGGGAGCGGAACCAGCAGAUGGACCUUUGCAAGAACAGCUACUUGCCCCAGUUCAGCGGUCUCAUGCAGCCUUACGACGACAUGUACCCGGCUUAUACCUACAACAACUGGACCAACAAGGGCCUCACUCCGGCGCCGCUGUCCACCAAGAACUUCACCUUCUUCAACUCCAUGAGUCCCCUCACCUCGCAGUCCAUGUUCUCGGCCCCCAACUCCAUCUCCUCCAUGACCAUGGCCUCCGGGAUGGGCCACUCCGCGGUGCCCGGCAUGCCCACGCCAGGUCUUAACAACAUCAGCAACCUGAAUGGGAUCGGGACAUCCGGCAUCAACUCAGCUAUGUCAUCAUCGGCUUGUCCUUACGGGCCUCCCGGCUCACCGUACAGCGUUUACCGGGACACUUGCAACUCCAGCCUGGCCUCUCUCAGACUUAAAUCCAAACAGCAUCCAACAUUUGGAUACAGCGGCCUGCAGAGCCCGGGCUCCAGUCUGAACGCCUGUCAAUACAACAGCUGACGGGCCAAAAGGGGGGGCCUUAAAAAUACAAAUAUAUAUAUAUAUAUAUAUAUAUAUAUAUGAUAAGCGGACACGGUGUCAUAGCUUAUGGGCUACCUGCGGAUCGGGGGAGGGGGGGGGAAUCAAAGACGACUAAACUGGAUUAGUUGCAAUCAUUUUUUUUUUUUUUCGAAAAAGAAAAUGAAAAAGAAAACGUGGAUAAUGCGGGUUACAUGUGUUUACCAGUGAACUUGCACAGCAGUUUAAAUGUCCAGGUUUUUUGGAUUUUUUUUUUUAAUGAUGAAGACGUGUUACAUGGCUGCACUGUACAUAUCUAAAUGUAAAUAUAUACAGGUCUAACAUAUGAAACAGACGGUGGGAUUUUUUUUCUUUUUUGUGCUUGCUUACUUUUGAAGACUGACUCGACCAAAGCGAGGAUUUGCAUCAAAAUAAUAAUAAUAACAAAACAAAAAAAAAAUCGAGCAUGUAACGAAUCAAUGAGAAAACAGAAGAAAAUCCGGCCUUUACUGUACAUACUUUAUACUGCUUCUGUGUGCUUUCUAUUUACCGCAUAUGCAGGGUGACUCCACGACGCCUCCCGUUUGAAAUGCUUUUCAUUUUGUUUGCUCCAAUAGAAAAAAAGAGAGAGAGAGAGUGAGAGAGAGACCCUGCAUGUUUAACUUGAGUGCAACGUGUUUUGUACAAUAAUGUAAGACUUUGCAGAAGUACGUUCAUUAGCCUAAACUGUAUACAAAAGGUGAUUCAAAGUCCUCAUGUGUUUAUGGUAACAUGUUUGUUUGAAUAAACUCCAGGAAAAGAGAGGUUUAUUUCAAGUACAUGUCUUAGAGGAGUCUUUGUUUAAGGAGACAAGCACUCGGGCUCCGGGUUUCCCCCCUCAAAACAUGAGAAAAAUAAAUAGGUUGGCUAAAUAUCCCCAGCGUAGUGGUCCACUUAGUUUAAGGGAAGGGGGAUUAUCUUAGAAAGAUGAAGAAUCUUUUGCGGUUAUUUCGACAAAGUUGAAUCAGUCCGAGCUUUAACUAUAAUAUUUAAUUUUAUGUGUUUGUUUGUUUUUUUGUUUGUUUUGUUUUUUGAAGCUCCUUUAAUAUAAAUUUUAUUUCAGAGGAGGGUGGGUAGAUAAAUCCACCUGACCCAACUUUGGGACCUCAGCAGCUACAUUUCUAUGAACUGCUCUCAUUAUUAUUUGGUCAUCGUGUUAAUGAACACAUCUCAGCGCUCACUGGAUUUUCCAGUAAUAGAUUUAUGGUUAAUUUUACUCGACUUUUGUUCCCAUCACUCCCUAUACAGAAGAUUAUAUUGGGGCUCAUUCAAACCUGGCUAUUCUGCUGCAACACAGAGCUAUUUCUGUCUGCGUACUAAAGGACGGAGAUUAUGUCCCACUAAAAGGAUGAUUUCAAAUUCAAAGUUUCUCUGAGAUCACCUGAAACCCGAGCCUCUUAUUAAGAGUUCCACCAGCGUGUGUGGAAACCUGGACUGCGCAUUCAGAAACAUUAAGGACUGACAAACACGGCAGUUAAACUUUCUGAAAGGGGGUGAAAAAGGCUGAAUACACUGAGCAGAUUUUACAAAAUAAAUAAAUAAAAACAUCUUCAAACACACCUGGAGGGAACAUUUUGUCUAAUUACAUCUACAUGGAUAUUUUGUGGGCUAGAAUCUUUUAUUUGCACCUCCGGGGGGAGGAAAAAUGCAACUGGCGACAAGCCCGUGCACACAAAAUGAUUUCAGUCAAUACCCUAUCUUGUUUUCUGACACCUGCAGAAAUCCCCAUAUCUAUAUUACUCACCAUUAGACUGAUAUUAGUGCGCUGCUGGAGCAGCCACCAGUGUGUGCUUUAACUGAUAGCGCUGGGUCUUAGAGGAUAUUGGAUUAGAGGCAACACUUUAAUAAACAACUGGAUAGUGAAAAGAAAUGAUU